CUGUGCCGAGUGUGGAUGUGCGUUAUAACCUAGUGAUCUAUCCCCCACUCGUUAACAGCCAUGCGGCGGCUUGCCUUCGCCGUUAUAUCUUUCCUACUCUUAUCAUAUUCGCAGCAGGUUGCGAGCAAUGCCAUGUUUGAGCUUCAACUGAAAAAAUUUGUCAACCUCAAUGGCUACAAUUACCAAGGUCAUUGCUGUAGCGGCUUCAGAGAUACCAAUGGCCGAUGCUCUGAGAAAUGCUUAACAAAAUUCCGAGUCUGUCUCAAAGUUUACCAAGAAGUUAUUGACUACCGGUCACCCUGCACCUUCGGAGAAAUCAAAACGCCGAUCCUUGGAGAGAACGAAAUUGAUUUCUCUGUAGUGCAGGCUGACGGCUUCUUAAAUCCUUUGCAGUUUAGUCUUGAGUCUUGGCAGGAUACCUUCUCGCUCAUCAUUGAAGCUUGGCACGACAACAACGGUACCAGCUCCUAUGCCGGUCCCGUGCUGGUCCAUCGGUUCAUGACUCAGCGAUCGUUGGAGGUGAACUCGGAGUGGAGCGCUCACGAGGAGAGCGCAGCUCACUCGUCUCUCAGCUACCAGUUUCGUGUCGUGUGCCAGGAUAAUUACUUCGGUAAAGGCUGCAGGAAAUGGUGCAGGCCUCGUGACGAUGCCUUCGGUCACUACGUCUGUGAUGCCCAUGGCAACGUUCAGUGUCUAGAGGGCUGGCAAAAUCCUGAACAGUAUUGCAUCAAACCGAUCUGCAGUGCUGGAUGUCACUCUGUCAAUGGGUUCUGCGAGAAACCCAACGAGUGCCAAUGUCAUCUGGGUUGGAUGGGGAAGAGUUGCGAUGAAUGCAAGAUCUAUCCCGGUUGUGAUCACGGUUCCUGUAACUCGCCUUGGGAAUGUACUUGUGACGAAGGCUGGGGAGGCCUUUUCUGCAAUCAAGAUCUUAACUACUGCACUAACCACAAGCCCUGUACAAAUGGUGCUACUUGUUUCAAUACCAAACCUGGUUCGUACUCGUGUCUGUGUCCCCCUGGGUUCAGUGGCACAAACUGCGAGGUGACGAAUCAUACGUGCGCCACGGACCCCUGUCUCAACGGGGGCACGUGCCUCGAUACCGGCGACGAUGGCUUUGUGUGCCAGUGUCCAACCGGCUACACUGGUCAGUAUUGCCAUAUAUCUGGUAAGACCUGUGCUGAUCGCCCCUGCCUAAAUUAUGGUGCCUGCCUCGACACGAAAUCGGGAUUUCAAUGUCACUGCCCUCUUGGAUUCGAGGGUGAAACCUGUCAAGUUGCAGUUAAUGAGUGCGACUCAAAUCCAUGUUACAAUGGCGGAUCCUGUGUUGAUGAGCACGCCAGUUUUACCUGCGUAUGCAGCCCCGGCUUUACUGGGAAGCAGUGUGAAACAAAUAUCAACGACUGUAUUCAGAAACCGUGCCUCAAUAAUGGAGUUUGUGUUGAUGGCAUUAACGCCUUCAAAUGCCAAUGCCCCACUGGAUACUUUGGACAUUUGUGCGAAAAUGUUGAAGACGUUUGUGCCAAUAUGCCUUGCGCCAACGGGGGCUCGUGUUUUCCUACAUCUGAUGCCUUCACCAAGUUCAGCUGUAGGUGCAGACCAGGCUGGGGUGGUCGUCUUUGCAACCAGCGAGCUAUGCACAUCUCACCUUGUGAAAGUUCUCCGUGUCAAAAUGGUGGCACCUGCUCGGAAGCACCAGAGCUAAGCAAUGGCUACCGUUGCACAUGCUUGCAUGGAUUAAUUGGUCCUCAAUGCACGGUGCCUAUUCCUAAUUACGAUCAUUUGAGUGAGGCUCAAGCUCGAGUCGACAUGUCAUCUGGUCAGAUUGUUCUCAUUGUUAUCUUCAGCGUUGCCGUACCUGUCUUAGCCAUCAGCUUCGUUGUCGCAAUCAUAUGCAUGAAGCGCAGACGAAAGAUGGAGCGCUCGAAACAGGACGAAGAGGCCAGACGUCAGAACGAGCAGAAUCUUAUACACAACGCUGUCAAUAACAAAUGCCUCGAGAAUCACAUGAUAUUCAACUCGCUUGACUAUCCAGUGAAACCGAUCAACACCGACAGCCAGUACAAGCAGAUUGCGGCCACUCACUACCCUAAAUCGUACAUGUCUGGGGACAGUAACUCCCAGCAGCUCUCGCCUACAUACGAAGAGUGUCCGAAGAAAGCAAUUGAAAACGCCUAUUCAAUAGCACCAGCACGCAGCACCAAGACCUUAAACACAGACUCUUCGAGGCUGUCGCUGGCCUCGAGACUAGAGAAAGAUCUUGACGCUGCGUGUGGUCGCAGAGUUUACGACGAAUGUGGUAAUAACUCUUAUUGCAAGACUCCUGAUCACACAAGCAGUGCAAACUACACCCCUGCUCCUCUCGGCUCAAGUAGCGGGAGCAGAAGUAGCAGCGUCGUUGCCCAGCAGCCGCCGGACCAGCGCACUCACUUAUCUAACAAUACACUAAACUCUACGUGCAGUCCUAGCACGUGCACCACUCCAUCUUCUGUAUAUGUUAUUGAGGAACAUUAUGAAGACGAUUAUUUUGCCACCCAAGUCUAGCCGUAGCCAAUUUAUAUACUAUAUCAUUUAUUUGACCUUAACUAAUUUCAAAAUAAUUUUUAUCAUUAGUUUCACAAAAUAAUUAUGCAGAGUCUCUUGCUGUGCUCUGAGUGAUGCCAAAAUACAACAUGAAUUAUUUCUCAUUCUCAGAUUCUCAUUAUGUUGUAUAUUCAUGCUAUCUAAUUGUUUAUCUCGGCUUAUUGUUUCUUAUUAAACAGAAAAUACGAGGAUUUUUUCUUCAUUUUGUUGCAUCGACAACAGAGAAAAACGUUAUGAAAAUAUUUGACGUUGAUCUGGUCGAGGACAGAAAUUUUUGUUCGCAUUUUAUUGUCCCGAUAUCAAGUUUCGAACUACGGCUAGCUUUCAAAUCUGGAGUGACUAUUAUCUUAUUAAAUAGCACUUCUUUAGUCAAAUGUACAUCCAAAGAUGUUGAAAUAUAAUUUUCCUAAUCGUAUAUUAUGUAAAGUGUUAUUUAUUUGUUAAUUUUUCGCACUUAAAUGGCCUCGUAUGGAAUUGUCCGCAUCUGGUGUGCAGAAGUUCAGAUGUACGGUGUUUUAAAUGAGGUUGGUUGAUGUGAGCUGCGGUCAUGGUAACGGGCGAGAGAAUAAUGCGUCUGUGAUACCUACUGCUCUUCAAUUCCAGAUAGGGAGUGCUUGUACUUGUUGCGGAUUAAAAUGCGUGCUGAAUGAUUAAUGUCCCACUUUGAUAACUGUGAUAAAUUAGUAACUCCAUUUCCCAGAACGAAUCCCAUUUUUUGUCAACGGUGUGUAAUGCUCGUCAAUGUCGUUCGUUACCUUGACUGUAUCUUCGUAAUUUUGAGGGAGGUUUAAAAGACUGAAUAGUUAUAUGAAAUGAAAUAAAUUUAAAAGAUUUUGCAUUGUGAAUGGAUUGUGACUUGCUCUGAUCUCAUAAGAAGUAAAUAUGUAGGUAAUAUAUCCUAUUUCUAUGGGGUGAUUUGCAAUUUUUGUAUGAAAGCAAAGCUGUAUCUUUACUGGGGUAAUGACUUUGUUGCCGUAACAUGUUCGAAGUUUAUAUCAAUUAUCAGAGCCAAUGGAUUACACGAGCCAGUGCAAACAAAUUUGUCUGAAUAGUAAAUUGAAAUUAGGUUUAUAUUUCAAAAUAAUAUACGCCGAUUUCGUGAUCAGCGAUGGAAUAUUUUCUUAAAUAAAGCCGCCUGUAAUACACGUAAUGUUUUGCCUUCACUUCGUAAUAUUUGAUUCAAAUGCGGUCAGAAUUCUUACUCUCGUAAUUAUACCAGGCUCAUAAUUGUUGUUUUCUCGUCCAGAAAUCGAUUAUUAUGUAUUAGUCUACAUCUACGAUAAGAUAUUGCUCAAAUUCCAUAGUAUUUUACUGUGUAUGGUCGUGAAGAUCCUGGGUGCUAUUUUCCAUCGAGCUGAAAUAACGAAUGGGCGUUUGUUCAUGAAAGAUUGUUGUUAUGUCUGUGCUUCUGUCUGUUAUUUUCGAGACCGAGUUAAUUAUGUUCUUUGACGUUUUGUAGUUGUUGCUCGUUUACAGUUAUAAUCGUAUCUUGAUCUCCAUAUCAUCCACUAGGCUUUGCUGGUUCGGUGAAAUCUAAUUUUCCAGGCUGAUUUCUCGAUAAUUCUGGUUAACUGGAUUCAUUCUCAAUUCUUCUAAAUUUUUAAUUUGCCGUUGACUUAAUUUGAUAAUUUAACCAGCUAAAACUUUUCCACUUUUAAUCUAUUUAAUUUGUUUUUCAAAUAGUUUACUCGUGGUUCACAGGAUAUUGUUUGAGUUGUGUUAUUCAUCUCACAGUCUUAGGUGCCAGCGAAGAAACAUCUCAUGCCUUAUAGAGCAACAACUUCGGUAUUGCAGAUGGCUGACUUUUCCAUGUAAAUACGCCUGAAUAAUUUUUGAGUUGUAUAUAUUUUCUGCGAAAUAUACUGUCGUCUAUUUUUUGAAA